CUCAGGCAGCUCGAGAAGUGAAGGAGACGCACAGCAGCAGAGAUCCUUCAUAUCUGAGAAGAACAAACCAGUUGAAGACUGAGCCUUCAGUAGAUCCUCCACUCAAUACUUGAAAAGCUUUAAGAUGAAGACAAGUGUUGCCAUCCAGUGCAUCGUUCUCCUGGCCUGCAUGGCCCUUUGCACUUCACAUGUUAUUCCAAGGUGCCGGUGUGUGAACACCAGUAAGUCUGUAAAGAUCGCUCUCAUCGCUCAACUCAAGGUGGAUGAGCCUCGUCCAUACUGCAACAGGAGAGAAGUCAUAGUCACACUGAAGGAUGGGAGUGAACGGUGUCUCGAUCCUCAGUCAAAAUUCACCAUAAUGCUGCUAGAAAAACUGAAUCAGAUGAAAAAUACGACCGUCAGCCCUCAAACAACCACAUCACCAGCCGCAGUGCCAGAAUCAUCACGAUCCACUUUGCAUGUUUAGCGCUGGUACAACAUGUGUCGAUCAAGAAGGAGCAGCACAGCUCGGGUUCUCAUCACAAAAUAUAAAUGCAAAGUAGACAGUGACAGCUACAACUGACAGCAAGUUGUAAACAGAUUUAAUAUCAGAUGUAAAAUAUUUAUUAUCCAAGUUCUCAGUCAUUUUUUUCCGGAGACAAUCAGGGACGGGCGUUGGAAAUCUUAUCAUUCAGCCUGUCUUCUGAUUGAAUUUCUGAUUAAUAAGCUUUUUUUUUUUAAAAAGUAUGUUUUUUGAGUUUUGUGUCAGACAGCAGCGCUCUUAUUCAGUGCACAUGCAGACGUGAUGUGUGUGAUAAAUGUGAGCAGUGGUUAUAGGUUAAUGUGUAAUUUAUCUAUUAUUAAAGGGUUUGUAAGCAAUUAAAGAAGUGAACUUUUGUGGAUACAGCAUGUUUAUGUACCAUGUUUAUUUUUAAUGCUGAAAAGUUCCUCAAAAUAAAUAAUAAAUCUGGCGUUUGUUAAAAAAAAUUACAUCUUUUCACUUUAUUAUAACUAACAACUCACCAGUUUACCACCACUUUAGACACAGUCAGCAAAAAGAGAACAAAAACAAACAAAACAAAAGGAGAGGCCGAAUCUAAAUAUCAAUAUGUUUGGCAUUAAACCUGGUUUCACUUCAAACUAUGAGCAUCAACUGAAAGAAAAAAAGGUUCCAAGUCAUUAAACUGCUUUGCUUUUAUCUCUGAGCUGUGAAAGAGAUUGAUUCAUGAGCAGUGAUGUGUUGCAGCAUCACUCACAGUAGAUCAAGACAGCAGAUUGGAUGUAAGCAUGUGUAAAAACACAGAUAUGCUUAAAAAGGAAAAAGUUUCUUUCUUCAAGAUCAGCGUUAUGUAGGACACUCACUGGCCAUUUUAUUAGGUACACCUCUCUAGUACUGAGCCCACUCUUGCUUUGGACUUCCUGUUUCCUUCAUAUCAGCUUGAAGCACUCUGGUCGUUUUCUGGCAUCAGAACUCCCGCUCACUGGAAA